CGAGCAGCCGCCGCCGCGGGCAGCGGGAGCAGCAGCGGCCGGAGGCCGGCGGGCAGCGGGGCCGCCUCCUCUCGCCGCCCCGCCGAGGGUCCCCGGCCAUGGGCAGCCCCUAACCCCGCCGCAGCAGCCAGAGCCGCCGAUCAGAAAAAUGACUGUCAAAGCUGUAAAGAUGCCGUGCACGGCUCCAAAUGUUUAUACUAAAGUGCCUGAUGGAGGAUGGGGUUGGACAGUUGCUUUUGCUUUCUUCUUUGUGGAAGCUCUAACGUACGGCAUUAUAAAAUCAUUUGGUGUCUUCUUUAACGACCUGAUGGAAAGCUUUGAUGAAACCAACAGCAGGAUAUCCUGGAUAAUAUCCAUAUGUGUGUUUGUACAGACCUUCACAGCUCCUCUGUCGACGGUCCUCAGCAAUCGCUUCGGUCACCGGUUGGUGGUGAUGGCUGGGGGGGUGCUGAUCAGCACUGGCAUGGUCACCGCCUCCUUCGCCCGCACUGUUGUGGACAUGUAUGUCACCAUCGGCGUCAUCUCUGGCCUUGGAUACUGCCUCUCUUUCCUCCCGACUGUCACCAUAUUAUCACAGUAUUUUGACAAAAGACGUUCGCUGGUCACAGCAGUGGCAUCUACAGGGGAAUGUUUUGCUGUUUUCUCCUUUGCACCAGCAAUUACUGCUCUGAAGGAGCAGAUUGGCUGGAGAUACAGCCUCCUUUCUGUCGGGGUGCUACAGCUAAGCAUCGUCAUCUGCGGAUCACUGCUGCGACCCAUUAUCAUCAAAGAGCAAGAAGAAGUGAAAGUGCAGCCUCCCGAGGAGCCCGCGGAGACAAAGUACAUGCUUGAAAAUGAGCAAACACGCACCUCAAUAGAGUCCAUAGACUCAGGAGUAGAAAUAACUACCUCACCCAGCAAUGUGCCUGGAAAAACCAAAGCAGAGCCGAAAAGUGAAGAACCAAAGGAACACGUACAGAUACUUGUUGAAAAUAACAGCACCCCUCCAGAACCAAAAACCAAACUACUGGACUUCUCUGUGAUGAGAGACUAUAGCUUUAUCUGUUAUGCAUUCUUUGGCCUAUUUGCUACCCUGGGCUUCUUUGCUCCCUCUCUCUACAUCAUCCCCCUGAGUCUCAGCCUUGGCAUUGGCAAAGACCACUCUGCAUACAUACUGUCUGCCAUGGCGAUUGCAGAGGUCUUUGGAAGAAUUUCAGCUGGCUGGGUCCUCAACAAAAAGCCCAUCCGCAAGAUCUACAUCGAACUCAUCUGCGUUGUUCUGCUCUCUGUAGCGUUGUUUGCCUUCCCUUUUGCCUCUGAGUUCUGGGGCCUGAUGACAUGUAGCAUAUUUUUUGGGUUCAUGCUCGGGACGGUAGCGGGCACGCAUAUUCCCCUCCUAGCAGAAGACGACGUGGUUGGCAUUGCAAAGAUGUCUUCUGCAGCUGGAGUCUACGUCUUCAUUCAAAGCUUAGCUGGGCUGGCUGGACCGCCCCUUGCAGGUGUCUUAGUGGAUACAACACAGAACUACAGCUCAGCCUUCUACUCCUGUGCUGCUGGCAUGGUCCUGGGUGCUGUGUUUCUGUCCCUGGUGAGGCCAUGCAAGGCUGGGCUGUGCCCCCACCAGCAGCAGCGCGCAGAGGAGAGCGCGGCUGAGGCUGCACCAGAUGUACCAGAGGACUUUAUUGACAUGGAUAUUGGGAAGGCAGAAAAUUCAGGAAAAGGCUCUGACAGCACAGCGUAAAGAAACCUGUUCCUUCUCCAUCUGACGUACUCGGCGCAAGACUAGGGAAAAUGUCAGCUCUGCUCCACGUUUUAAAACUACAUUCUAAAGGGAAUGUGAAAUUUUAAAUGUGAACAGUUGCUACCAUCACCUUUUUUUUUAUUACUAGAAAGAACUUUUUUAACCAACAAUGGAAAGCUCCAUAGAAAAUACAGAUAGCCACAUAAGAAUAACUUCUGUCUAGCAUGAAGAUGUGAUGCGCACUCCAGCUUUCCCGAUACCAAGCGUAGGUAAAGAUUCACCUGAUCCCAGAAGAACUGAGAACAGCAACAGCAGAAGCAGCUCAGCCUCUGCCUGUCCUCACCCACCCCUACUGCAAAUUCCACACAGAAGAGAAACUCAUGAUAUGAACUGGAGACAAGCAUUUUGUACACUACCAGUAGCCAACUGAAUCUUCUUCUGGAAGAAGAUGGACUUGUUCUAGUUUUGAGGAGGAGGCUAGGCUAGAUAGCUGACUUAAACCAUUGCUAAUGUUCCUCUAAUUAACUUGAACGUCACAAAUGCUGGGCAAUCAGAGGCUCAUCCUUAUGGCCAGUUGUUACUGCACAUAUUUCAUAAGAUGAUUUUUCUUCUCCCGAUUGGUAUCUUUAGAACUGCUUUCUAUUGAUGGUUAGAUUUGAUGUACUGUUUCUAAUUUAAUUAGUAUUUAUUAAUUUAUUCUAAGAUUGUUAAAGGAGGUUAGCUUAAAUAACUAGAGAGGAAAAAUCAUCUUUUGCAUAAGGAAAGCUGUCUUUACAUCCAACUCUGCAGCACCCGUCUUGCAUUGCUAGCUUGUGAAAUUGUUGGGAAACUUAAAGCAUAGAGUGUAGCUGUUUUUAAUAGGUAGGUCUUAGGUAACCCAGUUGUUAUUUAAAAAGGAAAAACAAAAUAAUCAACUACAGAUCCAGCAUCUCUUUUCACAAUGCCUCAGCUGGUGUCAAUGGACCCAGCUUGGCUGCUGUAACCAGCCCACCCCGCAGAGAGGAUUUGGCCCAGUGUGUCUUAAUGUACCUGAAACCUUCACUUACAAGUGCACAAGGAGAUCUUUGCCCCAUCACCAAAUGAAUGUGGACACCCCCACGUCACCCAGCCCCUCGCUGUCUGCUGCAACUGUGGGGGCAUGGGGCAGCUCUCUGAGCUGUACCCCCUUCCCCAGCUCCCUCAUAGAGUCAGUGAGAGGCUUUUUUUGCUGCUGACUUAAGAGAGAAACGCAGUGGAGCCUGUGCACAUUGAGGGCGUGAAGGGAGUGAUGAGAGAUGAUGAGCUGUUCAUUUAGUCUUAAUGGAAGAGAUUCCUACUCACGGUGACACAAGCUUGCUUACCCCACCUAUAUGCAUCUUAACGCCUCUAGGCAACUCAGGGGGACAAAUAAAACAAGUCUGUUUUGGUUUGGAAAAAAAAAAAACAAACCAACAUUUCUGUGUAUUGAAGUGGAAGUGGCAUCAUUCAUUUAACUGCUAUGCUGACCUGUCUGUAUGCUACCAGCCAUAAAAAUGGGGACAACCUAAAAAAAAAAAAAACAAACAAGACAAAAAACAACCUUUUUGGGAAGGUGCUUGAUUUGUUCUUUCUGUCUUAGAUGUCAAAAAAAAAAUAACAACAAAAAAAAAAAGAGAAAGAAAAAGAAACAGGCACUCUUGCAACCAAGUGGCUAGAGCAGUUCAUCCUCACUGCCCGAGACCUCAGUCUCGUGUCCUUCCUCUGCCUCAGCACUUUAUCACGGCCAGCAGAACCUCACUGCGUUGCACCCAGGACUGGAAGACCCCUUACAAACAACUCAAGUUUUGUGAAUUCAGUGAGUAAAUGAACAAAUAACCAUGUUGCGUUAAGAUGUACUUCUUAUUUAUUGUUAAUUUAUGACACUUCAAGCAUUUUGGUAAAUGUUCUGUAGACUAUAAUUGUAAGAUUAUUGAAGUCUUUGUGUUACGAGACCUCACUACAGCACUUUGCUAUUACAACUCUGCUUGGAAGUAGAAUAAGGCCUCCAGGUUUUGCGUGUGUGUGGAAGCUCCCUGCUCUGCAGAUUUGCGAGGUUCUACUGUAAUUCUUUUUUUUAUUUUUACAACACUUUCCAAUCCAGAUCAAAUAAUAUGUCUGUCACUGACCUCACAGUACGUUUCUGUUCCUGUCUGUGUCGCGGCACGAGCAGGGGAGCGAGUGAGAAUGUGUGUGUGCGGGCACAGAAGACCCAGAGCAGGCUUUAAUGUGUGCAAAGCAGGAUUUACUGAGUCGUUUGCAACGUACCUAGUGGACUCUGGAAAUACUCUUAAAACACUGAGUUUUGCAAUAAACAUUUUCUUUUUUUUUUUUUUAAUAAAGGAAAUAAAGAAACUUU